GCUCCUCUGCUCCAGCCAUCGGUAUCACACCGCGGAGAACGCGCUCCCUGCAAUGGACGGCAUUGCAAGUGAUGUUGCAGUUGGUGUGAAGAGAAGCUCAGACGAAUUGCUGUCUGGCGGUCUCUACAGCAGUCCAAAUUCUGCAGUCACUGUGCUGUCAGGCAGGAAAGCGUUUCUUCUUCGUGUGAUGUUUAUUGGCGGUUGGCAAUCCCAUUUAUGAUGCAUUACCGCCACCUACUGAGCUGGAGUGUGGAGCAUCGCAAGAAAGUCUUUCAGUGGAGUGAAACAUCAGCUGAAGAUGAUGAAAUUGGCGAAAUUUCAUCUAAAAGAGGUCACACACACCUUAUGUAGGAUUAAAUCCUAAACUGAGUCUACUUAAAGCUAAUGGAAGUGACAGUAAGAAACUGAGGGUGGAGGACAGCAUGGAUAGCCCACCGUCCAGAGUGAUUCAUAUUCGGAAACUCCCAAAUGAGGUUUCUGAGACUGAGGUCAUCGCACUGGGUUUGCCAUUUGGAAAGGUCACUAAUAUCCUAAUGCUUAAAGGCAAAAAUCAGGCAUUUUUGGAGCUUGGAACAGAGGAAGCAGCUGUUACCAUGGUGAAUUACUACACAGCUGUUACACCUCAAGUGCGUAAUGUCCCGGUGUUCAUUCAGUACUCCAACCACAAAGAGCUCAAGACUGAUAGUGCACUCAACCAGAGAGCUCAGGCUGUGCUGCAGGCGGUGUCAGCGGUCCAGGAGGGUGGCUCUCCAAGCUCGGACACGGCAUGCGAGAGUAUGUUAAUGCCUGCACCGAGCCCAGUGCUGCGUAUAAUCAUCGACAACAUGUUCUACCCAGUCACCCUGGACGUCCUCCAGCAGAUCUUCUCAAAGUUUGGGACCGUCAUGAAGAUAAUCACAUUUACCAAAAAUAAUCAGUUUCAGGCUCUUCUGCAGUUCAGUGAUCCAGUCAAUGCCCAGCAGGCCAAACUGUCCUUGGAUGGCCAGAACAUAUACAACUCCUGCUGCACUUUGCGCAUCGACUUCUCCAAGCUGGUCAACCUGAAUGUAAAAUAUAACAAUGACAAAAGCCGAGAUUAUACCCAGCCCGAGCUGCCCGCAGGAGACGGCCAGCCACCAGUGGACCCAUCUGUGGCCGCAGCUCUUAGCAAAGACUCCACCUCCCUUCUUGGUACUCCCUCUGGAAUGGUAACUUCCUACUCUAGUGGUGGAGGGUUUCCAUCUUCUCUAGGGGCCAUCAGCCCUCUCAGUGCAGCGGCUGCCGCAGCAGCAGCAGCAGGAAGGGUGGCGCUGUCAGGACAUUCAGGACCUGGUGGAGUGCUCCUGGUCAGCAAUCUCAACGACGAGAUGGUUACGCCCCAAAGUCUGUUUACCCUCUUCGGUGUCUAUGGUGAUGUGCAGCGCGUGAAGAUCCUUUACAAUAAGAAGGACAGUGCUCUUAUACAGAUGUCUGAUGGAAACCAAGCCCAGUUGGCCAUGAGCCAUUUGAAUGGGCAGAAGAUGUAUGGCAAGAUCAUUCGUGUGACCAUCUCCAAGCACCAGACGGUACAGCUGCCCAGAGAAGGUUUAGAUGAUCAGGGCCUGACCAAGGACUUCACAAGUUCUCCUCUGCAUCGCUUUAAGAAGCCUGGAUCUAAGAACUUCCAGAACAUCUUCCCCCCUUCAGCUACACUCCAUCUCUCAAACAUUCCUGAAAAUGUGACAGAGGAGGAUUUACGAUUGCUCUUCUCAAAUGCCGGCGGAACAGUAAAAGCAUUCAAGUUUUUCCAAGAUCACAAAAUGGCUCUGCUGCAGAUGUCCACAGUGGAGGAGGCAACUCAGGCACUCAUCGACAUUCACAACUAUGACAUGGGACGUGGCCACCGUCUUAGAGUGUCCUUCUCAAAGUCCACCAUCUGAGGAUCCCCUGGUGUUCUGUCACCUUUCUUCUCUCUUCCCCAGGAGUCUCAUGUCUAAUUCAUUUUUAUCAGUCAUUCCUUAACACCAUAUCAAAAACUUAAAUGAGAAUGGCCCUUAAACAGAACACUUGCUCUGUAUUUGCUCCUACUAUUGUUUGUGUCUGACAGCUGAUACUCUCAAAAAGGAAGUCGAUUUCGGUUACAGGAUGAAUUGACAAAAAUGUGCCUUACUUAGCAAAAUAGCAUCAUCUUUUUGCUCCCAUUGCUACAGAUGAUAGACGUUUAGGCACAUUAUGUGUGGUGAAAUAGGAAACGUAACCUUUAAAACAACCUGGCUCUGUUUUUAAAGUUUACUUAUCGCUGGCCCAAUGUCCUCACAUGGUCAUUUCUUGUAAUCCAAUGAGCCAAUUAUUUAUGUAUUGAAUUAAAUAUAAGUGACAGUUUGAUGGAAUACACCCCCAAAAAAUUAUUAUUUGUGGCUGUAAUAAUAAUGGUAUAUAUUUUUUAAUCUGGCACCCAAGGUACUUUGUGAUAUAGACCUGUGGAAAACAAAACAAUGACAGAGGGGAGCCUAAUGUGUAAUAUUUAGUACCUGCUUUGAUAAUUUUCUCUCGCCUUUGCUUCAGUGAGUCCUUUAAACUUUUUUUAUUUAUCAUGGAGCAUGUGCUGAUAAAUCUUGGCAGUUGCAUGUUUCAGACUGAUUGUGUUUGACGUUGUGAUGUUGCAUUAAUGUAGGGACUGUUGGGAAGUAAAUGUGCCUUUAGUCUUACUUUAUUCUGCAUUGUACAAAAUUCUUAUUCAGCAUCUAGGAUAUUUUUAUUGAGGGAGGGAAAAAAUGUCACAACAGACAUCACUGUUAAGUGAUCCUUAAUUGUCUUUGAUUGUAGUUGUUUAAGGGGAAUCACAUACUUGACCUGAAAUGGUGUACCAUCUGUUUGAAGAACUAUUUUUGUGGUGUAGGCCUGGGAAAAUGAAUUGAACAUGAAUUGAGUUUUUACAUCUUCAGUAUAGAAGUGGCACAAUUAAAAGUUAAUUUUUCUACAAGCUCGUGGUUUACUGUCCCUGUGCGGUGUAGUGUUUUAACCCUGUAGCAUGCUGAAUAAACUCUUCUCGCUCUGUAUUCACCUCUGCCUCUCAGCUGUCUCUUUCUCUUCCUCUGCUGUUCUCUGUAUCUCACUUAGCUCCAAUUCUCUGAUUUGUUCUGUCCAUGGUGAAGGAAAAAGCUCACUUACCUCAGUAUAGAAAUACACCAUAGAAGUUUUUAUUUGCAUUUGUGAUCUGAGUUUAACACUCUGUUGCCAUCUAUUUCAUCAGUCAUUAUUUUCUCAUGCUUAUGCACAGAUCAUGCUGUCCACUCUUUGCUUGUACGAACCAGAAUCAAUCUGGAAGAAUGUCAUUUGGACAGAUGAAACCGAUUUAGAUCUUUAGUGCUUUCUCUUUUUUAUAGAUAAAAACAUGAAGCUUUCAAAGAACAGAACUCUUUUUCUCGAACAUGAAGGUGAUUCAGUUUUGGAGGGUUGUGUUGCUGUCUCUGGGAUUGGGUGCUUAGCAGCAUUUUUUUUUUUAUUUUAUUUUAUUUUUUUUUGAAAAUGAUGUUUUCUAAAGUAUGCUUUAAUGGAGUGUUUUCAAAAAGCUUAAUUUUCGGUGGAGGAAAACGCUGUUCUAGUGUGAAUGAGAGGCAGAAACACUUCCAAAUUUAAACAUGUAAGGCCUGGUCCACACUAAUACGUUUUAGUUUGAAACACAUUCAUUUCACUAUAUUUACACCUAAUCCACACUGAAACAGCAUUUUUCUCCAUCAAAAAAGCUCUCCAUAACCACAUACUUUAGAAAACUAUGACAUUAGGAAACUGAAAAUGGGAGUUUCCAUACUUCAAGGGGUUAGUGUGGGGGGCCUAAGCCAAACACUAUUGAAAAGGUAACAGGGAUUGUCAAGACAUAAUGAUGAACUGUUCUGAAGUGGCCAGCAAGAUGCAGUCCAUAGAAAACUUGUGGAGGGCUCUGAAAACAGAAGUUGGGAGAAGGCAGUCUUUGAUAUUAAGCAGUUUUGAGAAGAACACUGCCAGUUCAUUGGAACCUUUGGGACCUCAUCCAUGGAUACUCCUGGACUGCAAGCUGUGCUACCACAAAGGCCUACUACAUCCGCAGUAUACACUGUAUUCUAAAUAAAAAUAUAUUCAAUUUGACUGUGGUACUGUAUUUUGAUGACUGGACACUAAUGUAUUAUAACAGUAAACAGUAAAUUCUAAAAUUGGUAGAUUAUCUGUUCUGAUUUAUUUGUUGUAAUUUAAAGCAUAAGGAUGCCAAUAAUGUUUUGCCACCAUUGCGGCAAU